UGUCCCCAGAGCGUGGCGUGGCUGCGGAAGGCGCUGCGCAGCCUGGGGCUGGCGCUGCUGUGCCUGCUGGUCAGCACCUGCCUGGCGCCGUUUCUGUUCUCCAGCCUGCUGCCGCUCUACGGGGCACGGGCCCUGCGCAGGAGCGUCUUUGCCAGGUGGCUCCGUGCCUACGAGAGCGCGCUCUCCUUCCACUUCAGCAAUUACUUCGUGGCCUUCCUGUCCGAGGCCACGGCCACGCUGGCGGGGUCCGGCACGUCCCUGCAGCACGAGCACCUGCGCUGGGACCUGGCCGUGUCCCGGCCCCUGCGCGUGGAGCUCCCGCGCUCCAUGGCCGAGGUGGUGACAAACUGGAACCUGCCCAUGUCCCGCUGGCUGCACACCUACGUGUUCCAGACCGCGCGCCGUUUGGGCACCUUCGCCGCCGUGCUGGGAACGUACGCAGCGAGCGCCCUGCUGCACGGUCUCAGUUUCCACCUGGCCGCUGUCCUGCUGUCCCUGGGCCUCAUCACCUACGCCGAGCACGCCCUGAGGCAGCGCUUGGCCGCCAUCUUUGAUGCCUGUGUCCUGUCCAAGCGCUGCCCCCCCAACUGCAGCCACCGGCACAAGAACACGCUGUGGGUGCGAGCACUGAACGGAGCCCUGGGCGCCCUGGCCCUGUUCCACCUGUCCUACCUGGGUGCCCUGUUUGACGUGGAGGCCGAGGACACCGUGGAGGAACAGGGUUACGGCAUGGCUUACACGGUGCGCAAGUGGUCAGAGCUGAACUGGGCCAGUCACUGGGUGACGCUGGGCUGCUGGGUGCUGGCCCGGCUGCUGCGCUGAGGCUCUGGGAGGGCACUGGGAGGAACUGGGAGCACUGGGAGGAGCGGGCGCCACAGAGCGCGGCCGCUCCGCUGGGGGGCGCUCCGCGCCGCCGGAAGCGCCUCUCUAUGAUCCCAACUUCCGCUUCGUGGCGCUUCCCGCCCUUUCCCGAGCGGAAGUGCCGCGCGACCGCUCUGGCACCAAUAAAGCCUCGCCUCGA